GCUGGCAGGUGACCGAGAGAGGUCGGCGCGCCCCGCGUCCCGUCCGCCGCGCGCCUGGGUCGGGCCGGGCUCGGAGCCCCAGCCAUGCUGUUCUGGCACACGCAGCCCGAGCACUACAACCAGCACAACUCCGGCAGCUACCUGCGGGAUUUGACUAGUGCUCUUCAAAGGGAAAACGACGUCCUCGCCCUGCCCAUCUUCAAGCAGGAGGAGCCCCAGCUGUCCCCCGAGAACGAGGCCCGCCUGCCACCCCUGCAGUAUGUGCUGUGUGCCGCCACGUCCCCAGCUGUGAAGCUGCACGAAGAGACUUUGACCUACCUCAACCAAGGUCAGUCUUAUGAAAUCCGACUGCUGGAGAAUCGGAAGCUGGGAGAUUUUCAGGAUCUGAACACAAAAUAUGUGAAGAGCAUCAUCCGCGUGGUGUUCCACGACCGGCGGCUACAGUACACGGAGCACCAACAGCUGGAGGGCUGGCGGUGGAGCCGGCCCGGGGACCGCAUCCUGGACAUCGAUAUUCCACUGUCUGUUGGUAUCUUGGACCCCAGGGCCAGCCCGACCCAGCUGAAUGCAGUUGAGUUUUUGUGGGACCCUUCGAAGAGAGCAUCUGCUUUCAUUCAGGUGCACUGCAUCAGCACAGAGUUCACCCCGAGGAAGCACGGGGGCGAGAAGGGCGUGCCCUUUCGGGUGCAGAUCGAUACCUUCAAGCAGAGUGAGAAUGGGGAGUACACGGAACACUUGCACUCGGCCAGCUGCCAGAUCAAGGUGUUCAAGCCAAAGGGAGCUGACCGGAAGCAGAAGACUGACCGAGAGAAGAUGGAAAAAAGAACGGCCCAAGAGAAGGAGAAGUACCAGCCAUCCUAUGAAACCACCAUCCUCUCAGAGUGCUCCCCGUGGCCUGACGUGGUUUACCAGGUGAACAGUGCCUCGUCCCCAAGCUACAACGGCUCUCCGAACAGCUUCGGCCUUGGCGAAGGCAACAGCUCCCCAACCCACCCGGUGGAGGCCCUGCCCGUGGGCAGUGACGUAAGUGUCUGCGGCUGGGCGCCGGCUGCCUGUCCCGUGCGGACCGGGCACCCCGUCAAGGCCCGUCCUCUCUGCCCGCAGCACCUGCUUCCCUCGGCCUCCACGCAGGACGCCCAGCAGUGGCUCCACCGCAACAGAUUCUCCCAGUUUUGCCGGCUGUUCGCCAGCUUCUCAGGUGCUGACCUGCUGAAGAUGUCCCGCGAUGACCUGGUCCAGAUCUGCGGCCCUGCAGAUGGGAUCCGGCUUUUUAACGCCAUCAAAGGCAGGAACGUGAGGCCGAAGAUGACCAUUUACGUCUGCCAGGAGCUGGAGCAGAGCCGCGUGCCCCUGCAGCAGAAGCGGGACGGCGGCGGGGACCCCAAUCUGUGUGUGUACCACGCCAUCUUCCUGGAGGAGCUGACCACCUUGGAGCUGAUCGAGAAGAUCGCCAACCUGUACAGCAUCUCCCCGCAGCACAUCCAUCGGGUGUACCGGCAGGGCCCCACCGGCAUCCACGUGGUGGUCAGCAACGAGAUGGUGCAGAAUUUCCAAGAUGAAUCCUGUUUCAUCCUCAGUACCUUAAAAGCCGAGAGCAAUGACGGCUACCACGUCAUCCUGAAAUGUGGCCUCUGAGACGAGCAGGCAGCCACCUCCUACCCUCAGCCCCACGGACCCCCUUGGAUGUAGAAAUCGCACCCCGGGAAGCUGCGGCGAGGAGGGGCCUGGCCCAGCCUGUGAAAGCCACAGACCAACCCCUAGCCGAGACCCUCGGAGGCCAUGUCUCUGGUGGGCAGAAAGCCUGCCCCUCCCCCUAGCCCCAGCUUGGGAGCGGUUCCUCGUUUUUCUUCCCAGCCCUGCCAUUCUGAAGAGGCCGACGGUGGGGCAUCUCCUCUGAUGCUCCCCUAGUUGGAGGCUAGCUCACCGGGUACCUGGGUGCCACCUGUACUGGUCCCUGCCUUCACCCUCUUCUCUGGUAACUGGCUCAGUGAUGGGGCUGCUGACGAAAUGGGGGUUUGCGACUGUUCUCCUGUCUUCGUGUCGGUUUCCCGUCUCCGUGACCCUGGUGAGCAUCCGUCUUUCCUGUUACUGGGUGGAUCGAUGGGAGUUGGGUUUAUUCUGUGCCUCCUGCUUCUUUCACGUUUACCUUAAUUCUAAGGGUCUGCUGCUGCUCGGAGCCCAGAGGUGGGCUCGCAUCUCUUCACUGCUGGGCUAGACACACCACGGGGCCACACAGACCUAGUUCUAAGGCCCUUGGGAGGCACGGGGGGAGGCUAGAAAGACUAAUUUUAGGCACAUUCUCAUGAAUAUAAAAGGGAAGAGAACCAAAUGAUUCCUCUUGAGCUCCUUCGGUCUAAUUUUAUUUCCUAAGCAACCAUGGGUAAAGGAGGACUAGGAAAUGAACAUUCCAUUGUAGGAUCACAUGACCUUGACUAUCCCGACACCAGGCCCUCUUGAAUGGACUCAGCAAAUCCCAUUUAGAGAAGACCUCCAAACUUGCCAGUCUUCCUAGAGAUAUUGUAUCCUCUGGGAGGGCUCCCCUUUAAAUGUUUCUCUUUUCUCAUUUGUAGAGGGUGCGUUUGGGGCAUUCCACCCGCACUGGAAUGGUUGGAUCACCUUUCUUAGUGGCCUAACUUUGGGGAAAUAUGAAUAUCAGUAACCAGUAGACUCAGCAAUUAGUCUUUAUCUCUGUUUCCUGGGACCCACUGAUCUGUACUGGCCCCAGGCUUCAACUCUUUGCUCAUGUAAGUUCAACUUACAAAGCACGGGGAGCGCUGUGACCAACUGAGUAGGACUUGACAGCUUUUAAAGUGGAGCUUUGGGGGCAUAUAGAGAUGAUCAGAACGGGUAGACCUCGCUUUACAGAUGGAGAAACCAAAGCCCAGAGGGGCGAAGCCACCUGCCUGAUAUCACAUAGUGAUAGGGUAAUGACAUAAAUUUGUCAUCUAAACCAGGACACUUCUGAGAGUGAAAGGGGCUCUAGCAGUAACUGCGUGGGGACAACGGGUGUGGUGUCCUACGGUGUAAGGACAAGCUUCUGGUUCCCUCUCCUUUUUGGGGGUUGGGGGAGAGGAGCACAUAACAGCUUUACUGAGAGAUGAUUCACAUACUGUACAAGUUACCCGUUUAUAGUAUACAAUUCUAUGAUUCUUUAGUCAAUUCCCAGAACCACCACAUCAAUUUGAGAACAUUUUCGUCAUCCCUGAAAGAAACCCUGUACCCUUGGCAAGUCCUCUCCUAUUUUCCUUACAAUUCCUCUACUCCUAGGCAACCACAAAUCUUCUUUCUAUAUGGGUUGACCUUUCUGGACAUUUCACAUAUGUGGAAUCAUACAAUAUGUGGUCUUUUGUGUCUAGCUGUUUUUUCACUUAACAUAGUGUUUUCUAGGGUCAUCCGUAUUGAACAUACAUCAGUACUGCCGUCCUUUUUAUAGCUUAAUAAUAUUUCAUUCUCUGGCUAUACCACAUUUGUUUAUCCAUCCAUCAUUUGAUGGCUAUUUGAGUUGUUUCUACCUUGGAGCUAUUAUGAAUCAUGCUGCUAUGAACAUAUUUGUACACGGUUUGGUGUACACCUAUGUUUUCUUUUAGGAAUAUACAUAUGAGUAGAAUUGCUGGGUUGUAUAGUAAGUCUGUGUUGAAUAACUUUUUGAGGAACUGCCAGACUGUUUUCCAAAGCAGCUGCGUCAUUUUACAUUCCCAUCAGCAGUGUAUGAGGCUUCCAGUUUCUCUACAUACUGAUCAACACUUGCUACUCUCUGUCAUUUUGAUUAUAGCAUCCCCGUGGGUGUGACGUGGUGUCUCGUCGUGGUUUCGAUUUGCAUUUCCCUGAUGGCUAAUGAUGUUGAGCGUUUCAUCAUGUGCUUACUGGCCAUUCGUACGUCUUCUUUGGAGAAAUGUCUCUUCACCUCCUUCACAGUUGGCUUAUUUGUCUUUUUAUUAUUGAGCUGUAUGAGUUCUUUGUAUAUUCUAGAUGCAGGUCCUUCAUCAGAUAUAUGAGGUGUCAAAAUGUUCUCCACUUCUGUGGGUUGCCUUCACUUUCAUUAUAAGAAAGUGAACUUUCUUAAGAAAGUGAACUUUCUUAACUUUUACCUCUUAAGGGCAAAAGUUUUUAAUUUUGAUGAUGUCUAAGACACCUAUUUUUUCUCUUGCUGCUUAUACUUUCAGUGUCCUAUAUAAGAAACUAUCACCUAACCCAGGGUCAAGAAGAUUUAUGCUUAUGUUUUCUUCUAAGAAUUUUGAUAGUUUUAGCUCUCCAAUAGUCUUUGAUUAAUUUUGAGUUAAUUUUUAUAUAUGGUGUGAGGUAGGGGUCCACCUUCAUUCUUUUGCAUGUAGAUAUCCAGCUGUCCCAGCACCAGUUGUUCAAAAGACUAUUGGAAUCCCCAUAGAAUUGCCUUCAUACCAUUGCUAACGGCACCUGAUUCUUACUGGAUCUUUUUUUCUGCGACAUGGGGCUGUCAUUAGGAAGCUCACCUUUUUUUUUUUUUAAACUUAGCCCACGUUUGGCUCCCCCAUUUUUACACCUGGCUUUCUAUUCUCUUCUUGCUGUCUCCCCCCUUUCCCUGUCUCAACAGUACUGGGUCACAUCACUCUCUGAUGUUCUGCAACCUUUCUGGGUGUGUAGCUCUACACGUCAGUUCUAGGACAUCAAGACCAGUCAUUUCCUUUUUUGAGGAGACAGAGUCACACAGAAGUGGAAUAACUUGCUCAGGGUCCCCCAGAUCCAGGACUAGACUGUUGAUCUGGUGACUGCCGGCCUUUCAAGGUGUCUGCCGUUCACUAGACCCAAGAGAUGCCACUACCCAGACCCAAGUGAUGGCAGGCUGAAAUCUUAAUUCUAAAAAUGUGGUAGGCUACUCUUUUUAUUUCUUCAUUCCAGAUGAGGGUCUAAUCAAGAUCUGGUACCUUAAGUUUGCUGUAGGUAGAGUCUUCUGUUCUCUGGAAUGCACUUACAGAGAAGCAGAAAAUAAUAAAUACGAAAAAAGAAUACACAUAGUCAUUUGGUACCAAAAUGUUUUCGCCACCCAAAUCAGCAGCUCGUCCCUUCCACACGGGUCAGCUGAGCUAGCUGUAGGUUUUUGGGUUUUGUUUCUGUUUUGUACCUUUUAUUAAAGUACAGAAAAGCUGUAGCACUUCCCA